CAUCAAACCACUCGUACCCUUUAAGCCCCUCCUGCCACGUUGGGAUGGCCCUACAUUCCUCACUACCGAUCUGAAAUUCCGCACCACCAAUCAUGCGACCCGGAGAUAAUCGCUAGAAACAUCCCAUAACGUCAACUGGCAUUAUGAUGUCAUCUCUAGAAGUCGCGGAUAGGCCCCGAGUAUCGAAUUUGGCAUUUUGCGCAGUAUAAAUGUGAUGUGUGAGGUCACCUAUCACAUUGCGCAUCUGCAUGCAGUCGACAUUGUCCUCGAUCAGCCAAACCAUCUCCACCAAGAUGCUUUCGUUUUAUCCCGAGCCCCAGAACAACAACAGCCUUGUGGAAGCCUGCCCGCAUCACACAUACCUCCGCCAUUGUAUUAACCUGGCCAAGCUGUCCCCGCCGCGCCCUGCCCUCUUCCGCGCUGGGGCGGUGCUGGUGUCGCGCAAACUCGUGCGGGGCACAGACGACGAGCUCUACAACGAUGACCGGCUUCUCUCGUCGGGAUACACAAUGGAACUGGUGAAAAGUCCCCACGCGGAACAAGCAUGUCUCUCCAACUAUGCUGCCGUCCACGAGGUACCGGACAGCGAGGUCGGGGAUGUGCUGCCCUCUGAACCGGAUCGGACACUAGUCAUGUACAUUGGCUUCGAACCUUGCGUGGAGAACGUGGGGAGAGAUGAGUCCUGCGUGCAGAAGAUUAUCGACACACGGAAAGGUGGUCGAAAGGGCGUCGAGAAGGUUUAUUUCGGGUCGCUGUCGCCAUGCUCGAGCGACGAGCAGCCAUCGGCACGUCAGAUGCUCGGCGAGGCCGGCAUUGAGUGGCAAUUAGUUGAGGGCCUGGAACGGGAGAUUCUGGCGGUCGCAACGGAGGGGUAUGGGAACAAUAAGAGGUUCUGAGAUUUCUGGUGUUGCUUUAUUUGUAAAGAGUUUGUUAAUGCUUUGAGGUUAACUGUAACAUGACUUG